AUGGGUGAAAAAUGUCGCCUUUGCCUGCAAACUUUCCCUAAAGGUUCUGGAGUAUCGAUAAAGAGUGCGCAGUUGGAGAAAGAAUUGGAAGACGUCUUUUGUAAUGUCAUUGUGUACGACGAUCAACUGCCUAAAUAUGUGUGUAAGGAAUGCCGGAACGAAGUGUCGUACAUACAUUCCUUCUGCCAACAGAUUUUGGCAAACCAGCAACAAUUGAUGGGCGAACUAAAGGAUGUCCUUUCACAGUCUGACGAAGAAAUAAUUUACGAUACCCAGUACGUUGAUGAUUUGCUACCGCAGGAAGAGAAGGAAAUUAAACAAGAGGUAAUGGUGAUAGAGAAAAUAUCCAUUCAGUACGAUCAAAGUAUCGAUUCGACCCUUUCGGACGAUGGAGCAAGUUCGUCACAAGUAAACAGUGGUAAGGAAGAUGCCUCUCUGCACGAGGAAGAGCAAUACGGCAACAAGAAAGAGCAAGCUAAAAAGUUUCGUACAACACGGCUUGAAAACGAAAAGAUCAUACAGGACUUUUUCAAGCUUCAAUGUGAGAUCUGUUCUGCAUCGCUGAAAAGCUUUGAAUCAGUUCUACACCAUUACCGUGAGAAACAUCAAACAGACGGUUAUGUACGGUGCUGUGAGAAACAGUACUUCAUUCGCUCUUGCCUAGUUGACCACAUUGGAGCACAUUUGGGCUCAAUCCGGUGCGAAAUUUGCCAGAAAAGCUACAAAACCAAGCGAUAUCUUCAGCAGCAUAUGACAGAAAGCCACAGUCCGGCAGAGGAUAGACCGUUUAAAUGCACCGAAUGUCAUAUGUCCUACUCAAAAGAGCAUCUGCUACGGGCCCACAUGCAGCGGCACGUAAAGCAGCAGUGCCCAGUCUGCCAAAAGAUACUUUCCAAUCAGAAUUCACUAAAGGUGCACAUUGCCCAGGUACACAGUAGCGACGCGAAUCAGAUCUGCGACACAUGCGGUAAAGUGUUCCGUACGAAACCAGCCAUGGAGCGCCACAUUAAGCUAGACCACCAGCCCCAGCUAGUUAUCUGGCAGCAGUGUGAAUGGUGCGAAAAGUGGUUCGAUUGUAAACAAAAUCUGAAGAAACACAUCAGGCUUAUACACGACCAAAGUGGUUCAUUCCCGUGCGAUCAAUGCGAUCAUAAGAGCAUUACCCGUAGGGCUCUUCUAAACCACAAAAACCGUACACACAAGCAAAAGCAGCUGUUUGAGUGUGAACUGUGCGGGAAAACGCUGAAUACUAAGCUGGUGCUACGUGAACACAUGGCUACACAUUCAAAAGUUCCGCUCUACUCCUGCGCAUUCUGCGACACCAAGUUCAAUUCGAAUGCUAACAAAUAUAAGCAUUAUAAGAACAAGCACUUCAAAAAAUGGGAAGAGAUGAAAAGGCAAAAACUGUUGAACAAAAUUAGCAUAGGCACAAUUCAAUGUUAA